GGCGGGGGUUAUUGAGAUGCGUGCUCACACUCUCACUUUAUCUGAUCUCUGACUAUCGGGAGAAUUAAUUUCGUCACCUCCCCGCCCGCCCCAUCCUCUUUCUCUCGCUCUCACGUCAUCAAUCAAGGCUCUGGAUGCAGUAUAACAAUCCUAAUCCACACAACUCCGAUUGUUCUCCGACCCAAUUUCCAACAACCAAAUGGCUACUCAGCUCAAGUCCGAUGCGUUGUUGGAGCAGAUGAAGCAGCAUCUCACCACUGAUGCUGGCAAACAACUCACCAAGAAGAUCGGCCUCGUCUACCAGAUCAAUAUCGCCCCUAAGAAAAUUGGAUUCGAUGAGGUUGUAUAUAUUGUCGAUCUCAAGAAGGGAGAGGUCACUAAAGGGCCGUAUGAAGGAGGGAAGCCCGAUGCCACGUUUUCCUUCAAGGAUGAUGAUUUUCUCAAGGUUGCCACUGGGAAGAUGAAUCCCCAAAUUGCUUUCAUGAGGGGCGCAAUGAAGAUCAAGGGAAGCCUGAGCGCAGCCCAGAAAUUCACACCUGACAUUUUCCCAAAGCCUUCAAAGAUGUAAGAGGAUGUGCCACUGGUUUCUCUACAUUUGGGUUCUUGUCAUAGAAAUGGUAAUGUUAGGUGAAUCCUUUGCUCUGUACCAUAGAAAUAGAAAUGGAGCUUGUCCAUGGUAAUUUCUUCUUGAUAGACAAAAUUUAUUAUCAUCAUCAUCAUCAGAUAAGUAGGUGAUACCCACAUUUGAGGCUUUUAUUGCAUAAAGUGGGUAAAUGUUGCAGUUUCCUCUUUGUUCAUUAAUUUCGACAAAUAAUUUGUUGAAUCAUGAAUGAUAUAAUAUUGACAUGGAGUUACAGAUGAGUUGCUUACCGGUUAAUGUUUUGUGGGGUUUCAUUAUUAUGAGAAAUUCUCCAUGGGAUUAAGCA